AUGGCCGUCUACAAGGUGAAGGUGGCAACGGGCGACAUCCUCAAAGCCGGAACCAACAACUCCAUCUCCAUCACCUUGGUGGGCAGCCGCGGCGAGAGCCAACGGACAGCCAUCAAGCACUGGUUCCUGCCGGGGACGGUGAGUGAUCUGACCGUGCGCUGCGAGCAGGACCUGGGGCCCAUCGUCCUCAUCCGCCUUCACAAGUGGCGGCUCUUCUUGGAGGACGCCUGGUUCUGCAAGGACGUUCGCGUGACGGGCCCCAAUGGCACCCUUUACCGUUUCCCUUGCUACCAGUGGCUGGAAGGGGUCAUCACGGUGGAAUUCCGGGAGGGCUCCGGGAAGAAGCUGGCGGACGAUGAGCUGGAGAUCCUCAAGGAGCAUCGGCGGCAGGAGCUGCAGGCGCGGCAGGAGGCUUACCAGUGGAAGACCUUUGCCGAGGGCUGGCCCCGUUGCCUCAACGUGGACUCGGUCUUCGAGCUGGACUCCAACGUUCGGUUCUCCUGCGUGAGGGCCACCAACUUCAACGGUCUUCUCGUCUUCCAAACCGCCUCCCACCUUCUGGCAGGGUUCCUGGUGAGACCCACCUCCUGGAAAAGCCUGGAUGAGAUGCGUAGCAUCUUCUCCCGGACGAAGGGCAGGGAGAUCGUCCCUGAGUACGUGGCCGCCCACUGGCAAGAAGACGACUUUUUCGGCUACCAGUUCCUCAAUGGCAACAACCCCAUCGUCAUCCGGCAAUGCGCGGCGCUGCCGGCCAAAUUCCCGGUGACGCCGGAGAUGGUGGCCAACUUUUUGGGUGGCGGCACCAACCUGGAUAAGGAGAUGCGAGAAGGUCGAAUCUUCAUCGUGGACUACAACGUGUUGGAGGACAUCCCGGCCGGCACCAUCCAUGGGCGCCAGCAAUACAUCACCGCGCCGCUCUGCUUGUUGCACCAGGGCACCGACGGGCUCCUACGUCCCAUCGCCAUCCAGCUCGGUCAAACGCCGGGACCCUCCUGCCCCGUUUUUUUACCGAGCGACGCCGAGUGGGACUGGCUGUUGGCCAAGACUUGGGUGCGCAACGCCGACUUCUACAGCCACCAGCUCCUCGCCCACCUCUUGAGGACCCACCUCUUCGCCGAGGUCUUUGCCGUCGCCACCCUACGCCAACUGCCGUCCUGUCACCCCAUCUUCAAGCUCCUCAUCCCCCACUUCCAUUUCACGUUGCACAUCAACACGUUGGCCCGCAGCGUCCUCAUCAACCCCGGCGGCGUCAUCGAUAAGUCCUCGGGUGCCACCUACGAGGGACUGGUGCUACUGGUCCAACGGGGCUUGGAGAAGGUCACCUACUCCUCCCUCUGCCUCCCCGACGACAUCCGCCAACGCGGCGUGACCCAAAUUCCCAACUACCACUACCGGGACGAUGGGAUGAUCCUUUGGGAAACCAUCCAGAGGUUCGUCUCCGCCAUCGUGGAUUUUUACUACAAGGAGGACGCGGCCGUACGGGAGGACGCUGAGCUGCAGGCGUGGGUGAUGGACAUCUUCGUCAACGGUUUCUUGAGCAGGACCUCUUCGGGUAUCCCGUCUUCGUUUCAGACGGUGGCGGAGCUCGGCAAGUUCCUCACCAUGGUGGUGUUCACCUGCUCGGUGCAGCACGCGGCCGUCAACAACGGGCAG